AGCUUUGUUUAACGACAAAAAAAAAUAUGGAGAUUUUUUUGGAGCAAUUUUGAGCACAUGUGUUUAUAAAACAUAACCAAUUGUUAAGCGGUGUAGUGAAAUAACGUGAUAACUUUUAUAGUAAUUUACAAAAUAAAAUAAAAUAACAUUGUUUAGUUUUUAAAAGUAAAUUAUCAAUAUGUUGCAAAAGUGUUUAUUGCAUUUCUGCAAUAGACGAGACAAAUACAAGACAAAAUUCCAAGGAUAUUUGUCAAAAGAAUCUUUAAGCCACAAUGAUUUUACAAAUGUUUUAAAAAAACUUGGUGAUUACUUGAUGAUAAGUGAUUCCACUGAAGAUGUUGCAGAAUGUUUUCCUCAAUUUUUACUUGUUAUAUUAUCAACAAAAAUUGAAAUUGAUUCAGCUCAAAUUCAUUCACCUUGUCAUCACAAACAAGAAUGUGUUGUACUAGGAAAAUUAAUAAACUUGCAUCCAGAUAUAUUAAGUUUUGCAUUGAGAUAUUUUGAAAAAUAUCCAGCACCAUUUGUUAAAACUAAUGAUGAUCAACAACCACCCAAUAAACGAUCAAAGCCAAGAAAAUCAUUGACAAAUGAUGAUAAAGAGCCAACAGAUUAUGAAAUUGUCAUAACAACUCUAAAUAUUCUCAAAGCAGCUCCAAAUCAUUUUAGAAAUAAAUGGAAAUGGUCACCAUUUUACAAAUAUCUAUCUCACAAUGAUAAAAAAGUACAGUGGUAUGCAUUAAAAUCAAUUGGAAUAAUUUUAAAUAUGUCAGAAGGAUUAUUAGUAUCUUGUGCAAAUGCAAUAAUAACUGAUUUUGAUAGAUUUACUAUUGACAAACAAAUUGACAAUAAACAUUCCAUUUAUAUAUCUGAAGAUGAUACAACAAAAGAAGUUGAAUUAGCUGUUGAAACAAGUGAUUCAUUAGUAUCAAUAUCUGGUAUAUUAUUACCAGUAUUUAAUAAAAAAAAUAAUCUUGAUUUAACAGAAGGUUUAAUAUCAGUACCAUCAAUGGAACUUAAUUUACGUUGUCUUGCACUUGCUGUUGCUGCACGUAAAUGUGUUUGUCUUCAGGGACCAGUUGGUUGUGGUAAAACAGCUAUGGUUGAAUAUAUUGCUAAAAUGACUGGACGUAGUUCAACAGAUAUAAUUAAAGUACAACUUGGUGAUCAAACUGAUUCAAAAAUGUUAUUAGGCUCAUACAGAUGUACUGAUAUACCUGGUGAAUUUGUUUGGCAACCUGGUGUAUUAACACAAGCAAUUAUGGAUGAUAAAUGGUUGCUUCUUGAGGAUAUUGAUAGUGCUGCAUUAGAUGUUGCAAGUGUUUUAAGUAAUUUAAUGGAAACACGUACAUUAUCUGUACCUGGUUAUCGUGAUAUUAUUUAUGCUAAAAGUGGAUUUCAAUUAUUUGUAACUCAACGUUUAAUUAAAACAGUUAGUGGUUUACAUAAACAAUCAACAGGUGCAUCAAAUUUACUUGAAAAACAUUGGGUAUGUGUACAUAUGGAUCCAUUAUCAAAAGGUGAACUUGUUACAAUUGUUAAAACAUUAUUUCCACCUCUUGAAACAAUUGCAACAAGAAUGAUUGAUGUAUUUAUGUUAUUUUCAAUGGGUAAUCAUGAUGAUGAUGAUGAUUUAGAAGAUAAUAAAUUUUUAAAAACAGGAAGAUUAACAUCAACAAGAGAUUUAAUAAAAUGGUGUACAAGAUCAAUUGUUGAUUUUGAUGUAUCAUCACCAGAUUCUGGAUUAAAAGUAUUUCAAGAUGCAAUUGAUAUAUUUUGUUGUUCAGUUACUGAUCAAACAUUAAGAUUAGAACUUGCUAUUGCAAUUGGUAAUACACUUGGUAUUGUUAAAACAAAAGCUGAUUAUUUUAUAAAUACAUAUAAACCUGAAAUUAAAUAUGAUCAAAAUAUAUUUAUUGCUGGACGUGCUAAAGUUGCUCGUAAAAAAUCACGUUAUGUUAAAUAUGAUAAUGAUAAAAAAAUUAAUUUUUCAUUUACAAGACCAUCAUCUGUUUUACUUGAACGUGUUACAAGUUGUGUUGCACAAAAAGAACCUGUACUUCUUGUUGGUGAAACUGGUACUGGUAAAACAAGCUCAGUACAAUAUUUAGCAUCAUGUACUGGACAUAAAUUAAUUGUCAUUAAUAUGAAUCAACAAAGUGAAAGUGCUGAUUUACUUGGUGGUUAUAAACCAGUUGAUAUUAAAUUAUUAAUAACACCAGUUAGAGAAGAAUUUGAAAUAUUAUUUCGUUCGUAUUAUGAAAUUGAAGUUAAUCGUGAAUUUCUUGAUCUUAUAUCAAAUUGUUAUAAAACAUGUAAAUGGAAAUCAUUAAUAGCUCUAAUGCGUCAUAGUGCUACUGCUGCUGUUAAUAGAUUAAAUGGUAAAACAACAACAACAAAAUCAUCAAACAACAACAACAACAAAAGUAAAAAAAGAAUACUUGAAAAUAAUACAGAUAAUAAAAAGAAGCCAACAAAUGAUGCAGAAAUGAUUGUUAAAUGGGAAAAAAUGUUAAUUAAAUUAGAAAAAUUUCAAUUACAAAUAAAAAAUGAAUGUUCAUUGGCAUUUGCAUUUAUUGAAGGAAGUUUAAUAACAGCAUUAAAAGAAGGACACUGGGUAUUACUUGAUGAAAUUAAUUUAGCAUCAUCUGAAACACUUGAAUGUCUUUCUGGUUUACUUGAAGGAUCAACUGGUUCAUUGUCUCUAUUAGAACGUGGUGAUAAUAAAUCAAUAACACGUCAUCCUGAUUUUACAAUGUUUGCUUGUAUGAAUCCAGCAACAGAUGUUGGUAAAAAAGAAUUACCAGUUGGUUUAAGAAAUAGAUUUACUGAAUUUUAUGUUGAUGAAUUAACUGAAGAAAAUGAUCUUUAUUUACUUGUUAAUUCUUAUUUAAAUGAUUUAAAUUUACCAGUUAAAAAAAUUGAAAAAAUUGUAAAAUUUUAUUUAUCUGUUAAAAAAUUAGCUAAAGAUUAUUUAAAUGAUGGUACUGGACAUAAACCACAUUAUAGUUUAAGAACACUUUGUCGUGCAUUAAAAAUUGCUUCAACAAAUCCAUGUGGUUCAGUAAUGCGUUCACUUUAUGAAGCAUUUUGUUUAAGUUUUUUAACACAAUUAGAUAGAUCAUCAUAUCCAGAAGUUGAAAAAAAAAUAAUUGAUACAAUAUUAGAUGUUAAAACAAUGAAAGCUGUUAUUAGUUCAAAAAUAACAAAACCACAAUGUGCUAAUGGUGAUGAUUAUAUAAAUUUUCAAGGUUACUGGGUAAUACGUGGUACACUUGAACCAAAUACACCAGAUAAUUAUGUAUUAACAUCAUCUGUUUGUCGUAAUCUUAAAGAUUUAGUACGUGUUGUAUCAAUUGGAAAAAUGCCAGUAUUAUUACAAGGUGAUACAUCUGUUGGUAAAACAAGUUUAAUAACAUAUUUAGCUAAAGCAUCUGGUCAUAUUUGUUUACGUAUUAAUAAUCAUGAACAUACGGAUUUACAAGAAUACGUUGGUAAUUAUGUUGCUGAUGAAAGUGGUAAAUUAAUAUUUAAAGAAGGUGUAUUAGUUGAAGCUAUGAGAAAAGGACAUUGGAUUAUACUUGAUGAACUUAAUUUAGCACCAAGUGAUGUACUUGAAGCACUUAAUCGUGUACUUGAUGAUAAUCGUGAAUUAUUUAUACCUGAAACACAACAAACAAUAAAAGCACAUAAUAAUUUUAUGUUAUUUGCAACACAAAAUCCACCUGGUCUUUAUGGUGGACGUAAAGUAUUAUCAAGAGCAUUUAGAAAUCGUUUUGUUGAAUUACAUUUUGAUGAAAUACCAUCAAAAGAAUUAACAACAAUUUUACAUGAAAGAUGUAAAUUAUCAAAAAGAGAUGCUGAAAAAAUUGUUGAUGUUAUGGGUGAAUUAACAAGAAGACGUAAAUCAACAUCAACAUUUGCUGGUAAACAAGGAUUUAUGACAUUACGUGAUUUAUUUAGAUGGGGCGAAAGAUAUCGCCUAGCUAAAGAUGAUGGUAAAUUAUAUGAUUGGAAUCAACAUUUAGCUGAUGAAGGUUAUUUAGUAUUAUCAGCAAAAGUACGUAAACCAGAAGAAUGCCAAGAAAUACGUCAAGUUAUUGAAAAAUAUUUUAAAUGUAGUGUUGAUCCAUCAAGAUUAUUUACACUUAAUGAAAAUACAUCACCAAUUACAAGACCAAUACUUGAAGCAUUAUUAAAUAACAAUAAUGAUGAUAAUAAUUAUGUUGAUAAAUUUAAACAUGUUGUUUGGACUUAUCAUAUGAGAAAAAUGGCUGUACUUGUUGCAAAAUCAUGUCAAUUUAAAGAACCUGUGUUACUUGUUGGUGAAACUGGUUGUGGUAAAACAACAGUAUGUCAACUUGCUGCUGCAUUAAAUAAACGUAAACUUUAUAGUGUUAAUUGUCAUAUGCAUACUGAAUCAUCUGAUUUUUUGGGUAAUUUAAGACCAGUUAGAAAUCAUACUGAUAAAAAUAAACAAAAAUUAUUUGAAUGGGUUGAUGGUCCAUUAAUAACAGCAAUGCGUACUGGUAAUCAUUUUUUAGCUGAUGAAAUAUCACUUGCUGAUGAUAGUGUUUUAGAAAGAAUGAAUUCUCUACUUGAACCAGAACGUUGUUUAUUACUUGCUGAAAAAACAAAUGAUUCAAUUAAUUCAAAUGACAUGGAUAAUAAUAUUAUAAAAGCACAUGAUGAUUUUUGUUUCAUUGGUACAAUGAAUCCAGGUGGUGAUUAUGGUAAAAAAGAAUUAUCACCAGCUUUACGUAAUCGUUUUACGGAAAUUUGGUGUGAAGAAUGUUUAGCUGAUGAUGAUUUACAAUCAAUUAUUGUACAUAAUUUAAAUUCAAAGAUACAAGAUGAUAAUGAAAAAAUUGCAAAAUGUAUAUUGAAAUUUAUUCAUUGGCUUAAAGAAUCAGAAAUUGGUAAAAGAUUUACAGUCAGUAUAAGAGAUAUCAUGACAUGGGUCAAUUUUAUAAAUGCUUGUGAUGGUAAUCUUCAAACAAAAUUAAAUAUUGGUGAUGCAUAUUUUCAUGGUGCUUGUUUAACGUACAUUGAUAGUUUAGGAUCAGGUUCAACUGGUGCUGAAAAUAUAUCAAAAUUACAAGAAUUUCGUAAAUUAUCUAUUGAAUAUUUACAAUUACAAUCAGCUGAAUUAUCUUCUGAUAAUCAAAUGAUCAUAGAAACAGAAUAUAAACAAGACAAUGAUAAUACAUUUGGUAUUGAACCAUUUUAUAUUCCACGUGGACCAAAUGAUAAAAUAAAUAUGGAUAGUUUUACAUUUACUGCACCAACAACAAAAUCAAAUAUACACAAAGUAUUACGUGCAUUACAAUUAAAAAAACCAUUACUACUUGAGGGUAGUCCUGGUGUUGGAAAAACAAGUCUUGUAUCAGCAAUUGCAAAAGCAUCUGGUAAUAAUUUAUUACGUAUUAAUUUGAGUGAUCAAACUGAUAUAUCAGAUUUAUUUGGUGCUGAUUUACCAUUGGAAGGAGGACAAGGUGGACAAUUUGCAUGGAAAGAUGGUCCAUUUUUACGUGCAUUACGUGCUGGUGAUUGGAUAUUAUUAGAUGAACUUAAUUUAGCAUCACAAUCAGUACUUGAAGGUUUAAAUGCUUGUUUUGAUCAUCGUGGUGAAAUAUAUAUUCCAGAAUUAGGUCGUAGUUUUACUGUUAAACAUGGAACAAAAUUAUUUGGAUGCCAAAAUCCAUUAAGACAAGGUGGCGCUAGACGAGGAUUGCCAAAAUCAUUUUUAAAUCGUUUUACACAAGUAUUUAUUGAUGCAUUAUCACAUGAUGAUUUAAAAAUUAUUUCAAAAUCACAAUUUACAAAUUUUAAUGAUGAGCUUAUUAAUAAAAUUGUAUUAUUUAAUUCAAUAAUAUCAAAUGAAGCUGGAAUUGUUUGGGGACAUAAUGGAUCACCAUGGGAAAUGAAUUUACGUGAUAUUAUACGUUUGUGUGAAUUAAUAAAUGCAUCAAUGAAUAAAUUAUCAAUUGAAGAUAAUUUAAAUUCAGCAAUGGAAUUAAUUUAUGUUGAUAGAAUGAGAAAUUUUGAUGAUAAAGAAAAAGUACGUUCUAUAUUUCAUCAAAUAUUUGAUAAUAUUACAUUUGAUAUUAAACAACCAGUUAUGUUUUUAUCUGAUGAAUAUUUAUAUUUUGAUAAUGUUACACUACCGAGAACACAAAAUUCAUUUAAAAUUGAUGAUAAUUUAUUAGUUAUGCGUAAUCAAUUACCAAUACUCAAGAGUCUUGCCAAUUGCAUUGAUAUGAACUGGAUGCCAAUUCUUAUUGGAGGAUCUGGAGCUGGUAAAACAAGUGUUGUUCAUGUUUUGGCACAAUUAUGUGGUCAAAAAUUACGUUCAGUUGUUGUCAACUCUGCAAUGGAUACAACGGAAAUUCUUGGUGGCUUCGAACAGACUGACUACAAUCGACAUUUAGAAGAACUAAUAAAUAAUACAGAAAAUUUAUUGAUUGAAUUUAUGAGAAUAAACGUAAAUAAUAAGUCGUCAAUUAAAAAAGUAUCUGAAAUUCAUGGAUUAUUAGAAGAGAUUAAAAAUUCAUCAUCAUCAUCAUCAUCUGAUAAUAAUCAAUCAUCAACAAUGGCUGUAGCAACAGAAUUAUUCUUACGUCGUACUGAGCAGCUUUUAAAAUUGAUUUCUUCAAUGAAAACACUUGAUACAUUACAUGACACUGAGUUAACUGAAAUUCAAGAUAAAAUACAGCAUCUAUCAAGUGUUGUUAAAAAUGAAAAAUGUCUCAAUGCUGGUGGUAAAUUUGAGUGGGUUAAUAGUGUCUUAGUAAAGUGUUUACAAGAUGGAACUUGGCUUUUGUUGGAUCAAGUAAAUUUAUGUAGUCCAGCAGUAUUAGAUAGAUUGAAUGGUCUACUUGAACCUGGUGGUGUUCUUACAAUUGGUGAACGUGGUAUUGGUAGUGAUGGUAAUAUACAUACAAUCAAACCACAUAAAAAUUUCCGUUUAUUUUUAACAAUGGAUCCACGAUAUGGUGAAAUAUCACGAGCAAUGAGAAAUCGAGGUGUUGAAAUAUUCAUAACAACAAACAAAGAUGAUCAACAAAUAAAUAAUUUAGAUAUUAAAUCACAAUUAUUUAGUAUUGGCUUGACAAAUCCAUGUCAUCAAGAAGCACUAUUAAGCAUUCAUCAAACAAUAAUUGAUAAAAAUUUAACUGCUGAAAAUUAUGGUGUCAAUGAAUUAUUUGAUAGUGGAUUUUUAAUAACUCAUCAAAUACUUCGAGGUUUUUCAAUAAUUGAAGCAUUUAAAAUGGCAUGCACAGAUGUUUAUAUUAAGUCAAAACAUAUUCAAGAUUCUUGUGUACGUGAUUCAUUAACAUCAAUUAUUGAAGAAACAAUUCAACAAUUUAAAACCAGUGAUAAUGAUAAUUUUGUUAUUGAUUUAAAUUCAGUAACACUUAAGGUAUCUGAUUUACAAGAUAAUUCACAAAUUUCUAUUAUUAAACAACAACAAUCAUUAUUAAUGUUAUUGUAUAAACAAAAAUUAUUAUUAAAUGAUUUUAAUGUUGAUAAAAAUACAACAAAAUUCAUUAAUAAUUAUUUUGAUUCAUCACGUAAUGAUGAUAAUUUAAUUGACACUGAAAUAACAAAAAUUAUUCCAUAUUUAUUGUUGAAUUUCUAUGAAAAAUCAACAAUAAAUGAUGUUAAAAUUCGUACAAAAUAUUUAAAAAAUAUAACAAAUGAUACUGACUUCAUAACAACAUUGAAUAUACUAGAAAAAGAAGUUAUUGAAUUUUCAGAUAUAUUAGAAAAUAAAUGUCUUCCAUGGUAUCCAUUAGUAUCACCAAUUAAUUUAACUGAAAAACAAACAACUAUAUCACUUAAAUUGUCAAUGUUAUUGUACAUAAAAACAAUGAAAAUUAAUCAUGAUAAUAUUGAUAAAAAUAUUAAUUUAAAUAAAAAUACAAUAACUGUUGAUGAUUAUUCAAAUGCAAUUAAUAAUAAUAAACUUGCUGAUCGUAUUAAUAUACCACUUGUCACAAUGUUUUAUCCAUUUGCUGAUAAAUUAAAUAACUGGAUAUUGACAUAUAUAAAAACAGUAAUUAAUCACAUUGAUUAUAAAAAAUUUUACGACAUUAAAAAAAGUAUCAACUGGAUAAAAAGAUUUUAUCAACAGGGUGAAUUAGUAUUGAUUGAUAAAUUAAAUAAUGAUGAUUCAAAUAAAGCCACAAGUUUAUUAGACAACAUUGAAAUAUUAUUAAAAGUACAUUAUAAAUGGAUGAAAAAAAUUGUUGAUAAAACAAUUAAUUUAAAUGAUAAUACAUUGAGUGAAAAUAUUAAAUUAAUAAGAGACAUAAUUUUAUCAUUAUUGCAAGAAAUUGAUGUAACUGUUUAUUCAGUUGAUGAUCGUUUUACAAAAUUUACAAAAAUUAUUAAAAAUAAUAUUAUAACACCAUUGCCAUUUAAUUCUGAAACAAUAAUAACAAAUUUUAAAUGUUUAAAAAAUAUAACAAAUGAAUUUUCAACAUUAGAACGUGUAGAUGAUGUCAAUUUUUUGUCAUGGAAAAUUAGAUUAAUUCUUCUUCAUCUUGAUGAAAGUAAAAAAUUAAGAUAUAAUUUAAUAAAUACAUGGCAAAAAAUAUAUAAUGAAGAAUUUAAUGAUACUGAUAUUUAUACUGAGUUGAUUGACGACAGUGAAAGUAUUAAAAAUCAAUACAUGAUUGGACUUAAUACACAUGAACAAGUAACACAUGCACUUGAUGUAAUUUUAUCUACUCAAAAUGAUCAUAAACUCAAUGAGAUAUAUACUAAAAUUCAAUUAUAUCCAAUUUACGAGUAUGCAUUUUACAUGUUUGUCAAUAAAUUUCAUGCAAUAACAUGUUGUAAAAUUAAUAAUGAUAAUACUGAUGAUAAUAGUUUAUUAACAAAUGAAUAUUCACUAAAUAAAUUUAUUGAUAUACCAAGUAUUCCAAUGAAUUUACUAGGUGUUAUUAAAACAAUUUAUGAAAAUUAUCAACAACCAAUUAAACUAAUGAGAUUGAUACAUGACCUAUUUCAAGGUUUAACAAAAUUAAGUUAUGCAUCAAAUGCAUUUAAAAAUCCAAAUUUAAUGAUUAAUUUUACAAAUAUUAAUAAUGAAAAUACAGAUGAUUAUUUAAUUAAUAAAAAAAAUACAACAGAUGAUGAUAAUAAUAUUAUACAUAAUAAUUCAGAGCCAAUAUUAAUAUUACUUGUAUCAAAAUUAAUUCUCGAUACAACAACAACAAGUAAAGAUGAAUUUCAAGUACUUGGUUCAGCUUCAUUGGGUGAUUACAGAGCUAAAAUUAAGCAGUUACGUGUUCUCAAUGAUGUAUUAUGGCGUAAUAGUAUAUCAUUUAAUUCAAAAGAUUAUGGAUAUGUUGAAAAUGAUCGUAAAGCAUUGAUUGCUCGCUCGGAAAGUUAUAUAAAAUCAGUUGAGCAAACUGGUGGAGAAUUGUGGGAACGUGAAAUGUUAAAUAAAUCAUCAACAAAUACACUUCCAACUGAACAAAAAUAUCAAGAAGAAUAUAGAGAUCCACUUGAUGAAUUAAAACAAUUAAUAAAUCAAUUAAAGUCCAAUGAUAAUAUUGAAUUUGAAAAUAUUAAACGUGGUUAUUCAUGGAUGCUACUUGGAUAUCAUCAGUUAUUUAUAUUUACAAAUUUAGAAUUUAUUGAUCCAAUACGUAAAAAGGAACUUAAAAUUCAGUAUGUUGAUGAAGAUAUUGAAGAUUUAAAAAAUAUUAUAUACAGUGUUACAUUGGAGGGUUAUGCAUUUGGUGAUUCUAGCACAAAUAAAUAUGAUCCACGAAUUGUUGAAGCACAAAAAUCAUUGAAUGAAUUGAACUUGAAAAAAAAUAAUUUAACAGCAUCAAAAGGCUUUCGUUCAUCAACAUCAAAGUAUCAAGAAUUAGUCAAAGAAAUGAUUGCUUUUCGACAAACAGUUGGUUCUUGGAAAGAAAUUAUUGAACCAAUUAAAAAUUUAUACAAUAUGUAUAUUGAUGCUGUUAAUAAUUGUGAUGUAAAAUCUGAAUUAUUUAUAGAAAAUAUAACUGAAAAAAUUGGAUCAAUUGAAUUAUCAGAACGUUCAUUGCAUGAAUUUUCCGAACGAAUGGAAUUAAAAUUCUUGCCAAACUAUCGUGAACUUGUUGCUCCAAUUGUUACUGCACUUGCUGAACUAAAGCAUGGAUCAAGAAUUUUAAUUGAUGAACUUAAACGUUUAGUUAUGGAAAUAAAUAAUAAAACAAAUCACAAUAUUAAUGCACAAAAUUUCAUUCAUAAUCUUGUACGUUUUCCAACAAUUGGAAAAGGACAAAAUAAUUUACUUGAACUUGUUGAAUUAUGUACAUCACAAGAUAGCCGAUAUUUUAUUAGUAAAACAAUAACAGAAAUAAAUUCAACAGAUUCACUUGUUGAACAAUUUCGUUUACUUAAAAAUGGUCUUCAUGAAUUUUAUAAUCAUGUAUCAUUGACAAAAAAAUUAACAAAACCAUUAUGGAAUGAAUUAAAUUCAUUACUUCAACAAGUUGUAAUACUUUGGCAAAAAAAAGAACUUGAAAAAGAAAAAUUAGCUAAAGAAGAAGCAUCAUUGUACAGAAAUAAAGCAACACUUCAUGCUGAAACAAUAACUGAAGAACAAGAAAUAACAAUGGAACUUAGAAAAAUAUUCCCAACUCAUCAUGAUGAUGAUUUCCAUGAAAUUGAAGACAAACAUGAACGACUAGAUACUGUUGCAGUUGAGCCAAAAGAAACUAAUGACAACAAAGAUAUAUUUAAAAAUUUAAUAACAGAAGAAGAUGUUCAAGAAGUACAUGAAAUUCAUGCACGUAUUGUUAGACUAUUUGCAUUUGCACCAUGGUUUGAUGGUCCAAAUAAAAUAACUAAAAACACAAUAUCUAGAAAUUAUAUUGAUCCAUUGAUGCAACGUUUUCAUACCUUUACCAAAAUUCGUUCCAAUGUUGAGUCAGCUUUUACACUAGAUUUAUCAUCAAAAUUGUACACUAGUUUAAAUGUUAUCACGUCAAUUGCCGUAUCAUCCAGUCAAGGUGAAAGUUUUUACAAAGAAAACAUCAAUAAAAAGCCAUAUGAUUUUUAUAAAUCAAGUAAUAUCGAAGAAAUCAGACAGUGCCUGCCAAUACUUGAAAAAAUUAAAGAACGAGUUAAUAUUUAUUUAAAACAAUGGCCUGAACAUCCAACACUCACUUGGAUUCAUACAAUUAUUCAAAGAGUUUGUAAAUUUUCAAUUUUAUCACCAGUAUCAAGAUUUUUAACUGGUCUUGAAUUACUUCUUGUUAAAAUGCGUGAAUGGGAAGAAAAUGCACACAGUGGUGUGAGUUUAUGUGAAUAUUCAAAUACAUUAACACAACAAAUUAUUGACUGGCGUAAGCUUGAAUUAAAUUCAUGGAAAGGUUGUCUCAAUGCAGCAUUUGAUAGAUUAAAAUUAAAAACAUCAAAAUGGUGGUUUUUAAUUUAUGCUGUUGUUGAAGCAUAUAUAAAUCAAUCAUCAAUUGAUACAUCAAUUUACAAUGACAAUAAUAAUGACAACAAUGAUAAAUCAGAUGAAAAAAUUGAUGCUAAAAAAUUAAUUGAUCGUUUAGAAAUAUUUAUGCGUCAAUCACCACUUGUUGAAUUUCAAUCAAGACUUGAUUUAUUAUAUACUUUCCAUGCUCAUGCAUUUUAUUUUAAACCAAGUAAUGAAAGAACUGAGCUUAUUGCUAUAUUUUGGAAUAUUCAUAAUUAUUACAGUCAAUUUUUAACAGAUGUACAAAAUAAAAUAACAUCAAUUAAAAUGCCAAUUGAAAAAAAACUUAAAGAUUUUGUUAAAAUUGCAAGAUGGAAUGAUAUUAAUUAUUGGUCAGUCAAAGAGACUGUUGAAAAAACUCAUCGAACACUUCAUAAAUAUAUUCGUGAAUAUGAAACUGGUCUAAAAGAAUCUGUUGGUAAUUGUUUGAUUGUUCAACCAUCAUCACAUCAAACACCAUUAACAAAUGGUAAUUCUGAUGAUUCAAUAAGUACAAUUAUACAUAUUAAUACACGUGAUUUUAUGACUCCAUUAGCUAUUGUUGAUAUGACAUUUAAUGUCUUGAAAAUAAGUGAAAAAUCAAGAAUCCUACAAUUACCAAAAUUAUUAAAUAAAGCUAAAAAUUUGUGUAACAAGACAAUUUUAAAUUCAUCUUAUCCAUCAUUACGUACGGAACUUGAUGAUUUUAUUGAUGGUUAUAUUAAUUACAGUAUUGAAUUAAAGAAUAAGGACAUUGACAAAACAUUACCAAAAGGAAAACAAAAGUCACAAGCAAAGAGUAUUCUUCAAGAAAAAAGAAAAGGUCUUGCUGAUUAUUUUAAGGGUAUGACUCGUAUGGGUUUUUCAUACAGACGUGGUAAUUUAGAUUUGAAAAAUCGACGUGAAGUUAUUGUUGAUAUGAUGGUACCACCAGUUGAUGUUAUGAUUGGUCUUAAACAAUUAUCAAUUAUUGAAAAAGUUGAUAAAAAAAUGAUAAAACAAUGGGAAGGAUGUGAAAAUUAUUAUUAUAAAUCACUUAUUAAAAUUAAUUCAUUACACAGUACAUUAACUAAAGCACAAAAUGAUUUAGGUCCACAAAAUAUGGAUAAAUGUAGUGGUUAUUCAAAUCAUUUAAUGCGAAUUGCUCAUGAACAAAAAAAAAUUCUUGCUGAUAAUUUUAAUAAAUUUUUAAAUUUACGACAAAAAAUUAUUAAUUUACAAAUGAUUGAUAGUAAAAUUGUUGAGUUACCGUCAUUAGAAAAAAUUAGAAAUUCAGCUGAUGAUUUGAAAAAUAAAUUGAUGAUAUUACAAACUGGUUUGGAACAAUUGGAAGUGUAUAUUUGUGCUUGUCCAGUUGAUAAUCCAAUUGAAGGUAAUGCUGAAGUAUUUCAAUUAGAAUCAGUUUGUGUUCCAGCUGUUAAAUUAAUGAAAGAUGAUGAUGUCUGGAGAAUAAUGAAUAAUUUAUUAAAAGACAGUAAUAAAAUAGUUGAAAAUUUAUCACAAGAACAUGAUCGUCUCUUUCCAGCUACAUCAAGCUCAGUUAUUCGAACGAGUAUGCAUUUGAGUUAUUUAGAAAAUACAAGUAAAAGUUUGAAACAAGUACGUCAAUAUCUUGUUGAAUGUUCAAAUAAAUUUGGCAAUGAUGGUGUUACUGAUCAUCCAAUAUGGCAAACAUUCCAAUAUCUUGAAAAUAAUAUUGAUGAAUGGACAAAUAGCUUCAAUGAUCUUACAUUAUCAAAUGAAAAUCCAGCUGCUCCUGUUAACUCUGAUAGUGAAACUUUGUGCAUGACUAUUGAGAAAUUGUUGGAAACAAUUUUACUUGUCAUUCAAGAAAAAUACAAAGCACCACUUGGUAAAGAUGAACAAGAUGAAGAGGAAAAUAAUGAAAGCAAUGUUCUUCAAACAGAAGAAGAAUCAGAAAAUACGGAUGAAAGAGAAAUGCGUGAAAAUUUAAUUGAAUCAUUAAAGAAAGAUAUUGUUAAUUUACGUCUUGAUGAUGUCAAUGAAAAAUUAGAUAUUAUUUUAAUGAUUGUACAAUUGUUUGAUGGUGAAUCUUUAACAGAAGCCAAUAAAUUGGUAUUACAAUUUCUUCCAUUAUUAAAACAAUAUUCAUUAUUUGCACAAUUUUAUUUGAAUGAACAAAUUGCAUCAAUGCGAACAGUAUGUAAACAUUUAAGUUUGCAAUUAUCUGUCUUUCUUGAUCUUGUGACAAAUGGUUUUUGUGUACCAAAAGAUCUUGAUCUUGAUGAAGGUGAAAUGGAUGAAGAUGGUGUUGAGCAAAAAUCAAAUAAAGGAGGAAUGGGACUUGGUGAUGGUGAGGGUGAAAAAGAUGUAUCUGAUCAAAUUGAAACGGAGGAUCAAUUGGAUGAUGCUAGACCAGCAGGUGAAGAAAAAGACAAAGAUGAUGAUAAAGAUUGUGAUGAGGAAGAAAAUGGAAUAGAAAUGAGUGAAAAUUUUGAUAGUAAACUUCAAGAUAUGCCAAAAAAUGAAGAUGAUGAAGAUAAUGAUAAAGAUGAUGAUAAUGAUGAUGAAGAUUUAGACAAAGAAAUGGAUAAAACAGAAGAAGGAGUUGAUCAAUUAGAUGAAGAAUUAUGGGGUGAUGAUGAAGAUGAAGAUAUUGAUGAAACUGCUGAUUCUGAUGAAAAAGGUAAAGGUGAAGAAACUGGUGAUAAAGAAAUGACAAGUAAUGAAGAAGUUAAUGACAAGAAAAAAGAAAAUAAUGAUGAAGAUGAUAAUCAAAAUGAUGGUAAUGAAGAAAAAGAAAAACCAGAAAUAAAUGAAAUGAAUGAACCAGAUGAAAAUGAUGAUCAAAUAAAUCCACAUCAUGGUAAACAAGAAUUACCACCAGAACCAGAAGAAAUGGAUCUUCCAGAUGAUUUAAAUUUGGAUAAUGAUGAUGAAGUUAAAGAUGGCAAAGACGAAGAAAAUCCAUUUGACAUUGAUGAUAUGAAGGAGAAUCAAUUGCCAACUGACAAAGAUGAACCGGAAAAACCUGAAGAAGAAGAAGAAGAAAAAAAUAAAGAUAAUGAACCAGCUGAAGAUUCAAGUGAUGAUGAAGAUGAUGCAACUCCUUCUGGUGAACAACCAUGCAAAGAUUUAGAUGAUGAAGAAGAAAAAGAAGAAGAAAAUACAGCAGACAGUGAAGAAAAAUCAAUUAAUCCAGAAGACAAAGAUGAAGAAAAAGAAAAUAAUCAAGAAAAUGAAGAAGAUAAAAAAGAUGCUGAUGAUGCUGUACCAAGUAUGACAGAUACAAAUGAAGCUGCAAAUGAAUUGGAUGAACCAGAAGAACAAACUGAAGGUUCUCGUGAUAAAACAUCAGUUAAUCCAAAUGAAUCAGAAAAACAAGAAAGUUCAAUGACUGAUAAUAAUUAUGAUGAUGAUGGAAAAGAUGAUGGCACAGGACAAGCACAAUCUGAUGAUUUAGAUAAAGGUCAUUUAGGUACAACAGCACCAAAAAAAUCACUACAAUCACAAAAUAAAGAUCAUAAACAAAAAGAAAAACGUAAAAAUCCAGGUGAUACCGAUGAUGAUCAUGCACUAGCUGAAGAAAUACAGUCAACAGUUAAAAAACAAAAAAUGAUUAACAAUAGAGAAGAAACAAAUGACGAAAAAAAUAAUGAUACAGGAAUGGAAAAUGAUGAAAAUAGUGAAAUUGAUAUGUGUCAACAUGUCAAAGAUUCUGAAGAAUAUGAUGGUCAAGUUAUGGAUGCAGCAACUGAAGAACAACAGAAAAAACAACAAAUUAAAGAUAUUGAAGAAGAAAAACCUGAUAAUGAUGAAGUAACUGAUAUGGAAGUUGAUAUGCAUGAAGAUGAAGAUGAUGAAAAUAAUAAAGCACCUGAAAAAACUCCAGAAGCAAUUGAAAAAACAGAAAAAAAUAAAGAUAAACCAAGUACAAGUGGAAAUAAAAAAACUGAUGAUACAAGUCAAAUGGAAACAAAAAUUGAUGUUGAAGGUGAAAUAAUUAAAACAAUGGAUGUAUCAAGAUCAUCUGAGUCAGCAUUUUUCACAAAAAUUCCUGAAUAUGAAAAUACAUCAAUGUCACCAAUUGAACGUGAAAAAACACGUAAACAAGUUGAAGAUAUGAUGAGUCAAUGGACACGUGGACCACCUGAUCAAGAAGCAUUAACAGCAUGGAAUUGUUUAAGUGCUGUAACUGAAUCACCAGCACGUGAUUUAUCAGAAAAAUUACGUCUUGUUUUAGAACCAACACAAGCAACACGAUUAAAGGGUGAUUAUAGAACUGGUAAACGUUUAAAUAUGCGUAAAAUAAUACCAUAUAUUGCAAGUCAAUUUAGAAAAGAUAAAAUAUGGCUUAGACGUACAAAACCAUCAAAACGUGAUUAUCAAGUUGUAUUGGCAAUUGAUGAUAGUAGUAGUAUGGCUGAUAAUCAUUCAAAAGAACUUGCAUUUGAAUCACUUGCACUUAUUACAAAAGCAAUGGGUUAUCUUGAAGUUGGUGAACUUGGUGUUGUUAGUUUUGGUGAAUCAGUUAAAAUUCUUCAUCCUCUUGGUGAGCCAUUUAAUGAACAAAGUGGAUCACGAUUAAUUCAAGAAAUGCAAUUUAUUCAGAAAAAAACUGAAAUUGCUAAAUUAGUUAAUACAACUGUUGACAUGUUUGAAAAUCAAAUAAAAUCAAGUGAUAAUGCUAAAUUAUUAAUAAUACUAUGUGAUGGUAAAUUUUCAGAAGGUGAAAAAUCAAUUAAUCAAGCUGUUAGACGUGCUAAACAAUCAAAUAUAUUUACUGUUUUUAUUAUGAUAGAAAGUCCAUUAAAAGAAAAUUCAUUAUUAAAUACAAGAACAUUUUCAAUGGGUGCUGAUGGUAAACCUGUAUUUGAUUAUUAUAUGGAUCGUUUUCCAUUUCCUUUCUAUAUGAUACUCAAAGAUAUCAAUGCAUUACCAGGUGUUUUAAGUGAUGCAUUAAGACAGUGGUUCGAAAUUGUUGGAAAAAUUGAUACAUGAUUUUGUAAUAUUCAUUAAAAA